GGUCCAUUGGCAGACCAGCAGCCUCAGCAGGAGGUAGGGGAGGGAAGAGGAGGGCCAUGUGCCAGAGAGCCCCUUUCCUCCCAGCCUCCAGCCAGAUGAUGUGUGUUUCUGUGGAGUGGGACUGUUAGUGAAGGAGCUCUCCGCCUGCCUGUGAACAGAACAGUAUUCAGCAGUAAUUAGCAGGUGCUGUGAAAAGCCUCUCUGUUCCUACUGGACAUUAGGAGCUGCCAGACCUCUCCAGAACCUCUCCAGCAGCCAGAAAAGAGCUCUUGAGGGUCAACGGAGCGAGGCCAGAGAGGGGCGGGUAAACCAUGGAUUUGUGUGCCUCCACUCUCGAGCUGCUGGGGAUGGUAGUGUACAUGGCAGCCUGGCUGUGUGCUCUGGCCACCACCCUGAUGCCACAGUGGCUGACCCUGUCCACAGACCUCUUGCUCACAGAGAGCUAUGAGCUGGGUCUCUGGGAGACCUGCGUGGUCCAGGACAUGGGGGGGAUGGAGUGUCGACCCUACGACAGCCUGCUGGGCCUGCCUCAGGACAUCAAGGUGGCCCGUGUCUUCAUGUGUAUCUCCCUGGCUGUGGGCCUGCUGGGCCUGCUGCUGGCUAUCCCUGGUCUUCACCUGGUCAACAGCUUCAGCCAGGGGCUGGAGGGCUGCAGGGCCAAGAGGAUUAUGAAGGUGGCAGGAGGGGUGCUGGGGAUGGUAGCUGGGGUGCUUUCUCUGGUCCCUGUUUCCUAUGUCGCCCACUUGACGGUAAUGCGUUAUUUUGAUGAGUCGGUGCCGGAGGUGGUGCCUCGCUGGGAGUUUGGUGAUGCCCUGUUCUGCGGCUGGGUGGGGGGGUUCCUCCUGCUGGUGGCUGGAUUACUCCUGUUUGCAUCCUGUCUGGGGCCUCUGGCAGACCAUUCCAGGGGACCCCAGGCAGACUAUUACGGAGCACCCCAGGCUGACCAUUCCAGGGGACCCCAGGCAGACGGAGCACCCCAGGCACAAUCGCCGAAGAGAUACGAGGUCCGGAGUACAGAUCAUUCCUCCAGGAAACCUCCAGAGUAUGUCUGAGGCGAGGGGAGGGGAGAAGAGAGGAGAGGCGAUACGAGGUCCAGAGUAUGGAUCAUUCCUCCAGGAAACCUCGAGAGUAUGUCUGAGGCGAGGGGAUGGGAGGUUUACUGGAGGAAUGAUCCGUACUCCGAACCUCGUAUCUCUUCUCCUCUCUCUGAGGCGAGGGGAGGUGGAAGGAAGGAGAGGGGAGGGGAGGGGAGGGGUAUUCUAUUCUGGAAGGUUUAUGGAUGGUUCUGCCUCUCUUGAAAAUAGAGAGGCAUAAAACCUGCUCCAGCCUCAACCCAUCCUCCCUGACUCUAUAAAACCUGCUCCAGCCUCACUCCAUCCUCACUGACUCUAUAAAACCUGCUCCAGUAUCAUGCCAUCCUCCCUGACUCUUUAAAACCUGCUCCAGCCUCACCUCAUCCUCCCUGACGCUAUAAAGCCUGUAUGCAACUCUUUCUGACAAUUUUUUUUAAUAAUGUAAAUUGAAUGUAGAAAUUAAACACUUGAUAUACAGUAAUUGCAAGAAAAAAUAGUUUAUUGUUAUAUAUAAAAGUAUAUGUUCACUGAAUUUAAGAUGUUUUUGUAAAUAAUAGUUGACAAUUAUAUCAAUCAUAAAUCAAUAAUCUACUGUAAUGAAUUGAUCUGAAUAAAAUUGGUUUCCCUCCAACAUGCUGAGGUUGACAUCCAGA